CCAAAGCAAACAACUGAAAAUGAACGCUUUAAUCAUUGCUUCAUUCGCCUGUAUUGUGGCCUGCGCCACCGCUAGCGGCUAUUACGGUUACGGUGGUCCUCAUUCGUAUGCUCAUGCCGUACCAGCCGGACCUACAACGCUUGUAGGUGCGUCUGGGAUCGUCGGACCACAUGGAGCCGUUGGACCGACCGGAGCCGUUAACGGACAUGGAGCCGUUGGCCCUAACGGAAUUCCCAACGCAGUUCAUGGUGGAUAUGUUGGUGGACAUGGACUCUACGGUGGUCUUGGUCUUGGAUACGCACACGCCGGAAUCGGGCACCUCGGUUACGCACACGCCGGAAUCGGACACCUCGGUUACGCACAUGCCCACGAUGAUGGACAAUGGCACGGUGAAGGUCUCUGGGAAUCGCAGGACCAUGCAGGACAUGCCUAUGGACAUGGACACGGAUGGUAAAACGUUGUUGGAUAUACCCAAAUACUUUCAUACAUAUUGUAUGUGUUUAAAUAUUUAUUUAUCUGUACAUACUCAA